AUGCUGAUGUUUGUCUUCUUACUCCUCCUCGCCACGCAUAUUUGCAGAGCUCAAGGUGACCCCCACCGUCCGAGAAUCGCCCACCUCCGCGCUCGCCAGGUCACGGCAAACACUACGACAUCCAGUUCUACAUCUACCUCCCAAGCCAGCAGCUGCCCAUCUCAAGGCUGGGCCCCAUGUGGUGCCGCUUGCGUUGAUGUCGCGAAUGGGGCAACAUGUUGUGACACCAGCACUAGCCAUUGUACGUUACGUACCCCCCGGGUUAUUGAGUAGCGAUUAAAGGCUCCAGGGUGUAUGCCGGGAAACUCCUGUCUCUUGGGCGGUCUCUGCUGCCUUGACGGAGUGGGUCUCGGAACAUGCGUCAGUGGCAGCGGUGUUAGACCUCCCGUCAGCCUCACCGGGCUCCCAACAACCCUGCCCACGGGCCUGCCCACGGGCCCGAUAUCGUCUCCUGGUUCAUCCUCGGGCUCUAGCACGGGUACGGAGAUAGGCUUCCUCCCGUCCACCGUGGUCAGCGACGGCGCUACGGCUUCAAGCAGAACAGCAACAGUCACCACCUCAUCCGGCCCCAUUACAGCUUCAAGCAGAACAGCAACAGUCACCACCUCAUUCGGCCCCAUUACAGCACCAGUCACCACCACAUUCGGCCCCAUUACAGCCACCGUUGCAGGCAACCCCGUAACCUUGGCCUUCUCCGGGGAGCUCCUUCCGCUCCAAACUGUAGCCAAUCACAAGCCAGUCUCCCCCAAGUUUAAGGAAGCCGUGUUUGCAGCACUGGCCAAGGACCCUGCUACUAAAGCCUUCGGGGACCUUUUGGCCCAGGCACCGUCAGCCUUCGAGGGUCUCGAGGACAAAAGAAAAUACUACCUCUUCGUGCCACCUACCCAAUCUGUUGUGGACCAUAUCCGGGGCUCUGGGGGAAAUCUACCCGGACCGGUACCUGGACCGGUACCCGGACCUGCCCACCGCGAGGUGUUCGUCGACCCUAAAAUGAGCCAGCAGUUUGCGGAGAAGCCCGAGGGAGGUUCGGAUAUCAAGCACGAGCCGAUCACCCUCAAGACGAGUCUGGUGGGCGAAAACAAAUACUCCAACCUCGGGGAGGGUGAAGGCGCUCGUGUAAUCGCAAUUCCAACAGCGAGCAAAGACGGUUCUGUCGAGAUUAUCUCCGGACUCGGGCAUUUGACGUUGGCUCACCCCGAUGAGACGCCGUUCGAGGAUGGUGUCAUUAUGAAGUGCGACGGGUAAGCACCCCGCUGCUCCCAUCCCGGCCGGUGUAGCAGUAGCGGCGGCUCAGGGAGCUAACACUGCUAAAGCUUUUUCACCCUGCCACUCCCGAUUGAAGCCACCUUUGCCAAUACCAGCGGCCACUUAUGGUCCACGGCAAUGGAGAAGGCGAAUAUUUUGAAGCAGGUAUCGGAGAAACGAAUGGUGACAAUAUUCGCUGUUCAGGACCCCGCCUUGGACGAGACAGAUCUACCCGGGUCGGCUGACCUGGGCCGGUACAUCCACGACGGCCUUUCCUACACACCCGACAUGAGAGAUCAGCUCUGCUUGCCCACGAGGGAUGGCGGCUCGGUGCGCAUCACCACAAAAGACAAUGACAGAUUCGUAAACGGCGUCCGGAUCUCCAAGUCCAAUGUUAUAGCCAGGAAUGGUGUCAUCCAUUAUCUGGAGGGGAAGGUGCGUUAUACGUUCCCUACUCCCGCGAAAACCCCUUACUAAGUGGGGUUUAGAUUCCUCCGGCCGAGAAAUGCUCAGACUCUGGAGGGCAGGGCACCGUGGGCUCUGGCGGUCAAACCGUGGUCUCUGGCGGCCAAACCGUGGUUUCCGGCGGCCAAACCAUUGUCACUGGCGGUCAAACUGUGGUCAUUGGUGGCCAAACUGUGGUCUCUGGCGGCCAAACCGUGGUCUCCGGCGGCCAAACCAUGGUCACUGGCGGCCAAACCAUGGUCACUGGUGGCCAAACUGUGGUCAUUGGCGGCCAAACCGUGGUCACUGGCGGCCAAACUGUGGUCACUGGCGGCCAAACCACGGACUCUGGCGGCCAAACUGCGGACCCUGGAGUCCCAACUGUGGGCUCUGCUAGCCCAACUGUGGCCGUUUCCAUGAUAGCCGUUCUCGGCCUGUCGGCUGCCAGCCUUGCUGUGUAUUUGUGGGUGUAA